AUGCCUUCGCGUUCUCGCCAGGGUCCUACGGAGGUGGAGGAGGAAUCCGGGCUUCGCAGCCUCUCUUUCAAUCAACCACUCUCGUGGCGCGUGGGGCGUGCCGCUAUCCCCAUCGCCGAGUUACUGGACCGCCUCCAGACCCUCGCGCAGGAACUCCGCAAGCUCGAACAGGAGGAAGUCGACCAGGAAUCGCUGCGGAAGGUUUCACAAGAGCUUGCCAGUGGGCAGCUCCUCGCGCACAAAGACAGGGGAGUUCGGGCCUGGGCCACGUGCUGCAUCGUCGAUGUCUUGCGACUUUGCGCGCCGGAAGCGCCCUUUACGAGAAACCAGCUUAAGGACAUCUUCACUUGUAUCGUGACAUCCAUCAUCCCCGCGCUCGCCGAUCCAUCCAAUGCCUACAAUGCGCAGCACAUUUACGUCCUGGGUUCCCUCGCCGAGGUGAAGAGUGUGGUUCUCAUCGUCGACCUCGAUCAUGCGGAGUCGCUCAUUGUCGCGCUCUUCACGAGCUGCUUCGACAUUGUUUCGGGGUCCUCCAAGGCCUCGACGGGUGAGGAGGUGGCCAAAGGGGUCGAGUUUGACAUGACUCGGGUACUUGUCACGGUGGUGGAUGAGAUCGUCAUCUUAACCCCCGAGGUCGUGGAUAUCAUUGUGGCGCAAUUCUUACGGGUAGACCCGCGAAUGCUGGACAACCCUAGCAAGAAAGGGAAACGGCCAGACGCCCCGCUCGAUGCCAAGCAGGAUACUCUUUUGCUCAAAGACUAUCCGCCAGCCUACAACAUGGCCAAGGCAAUUUGUCAGGCAUGCCCCGAGCGAAUGACGAGCCACAUCGGACAGUACUUCAAUAAUGUUAUCAUCGACGCGUCCGUAGUUGCCGGUCCAACACACGGGUCCAAGCAUGGGUCCCGGAAACCCAAUCUCGACGACUCGGAUGAGGAAGGAGAGGAUAUCAAGGAGUUAAGCAAAGCGCACCGUCUCAUUCGUGAGCUCUGGCGCGCCUGCCCGGAGGUUUUACAAAACGUGAUCCCACAAAUCGAAGCGGAGCUGUCUGCGGAAUCGAUCGCAUUGCGUCUGUUGGCUACUCAGACCAUUGGAGAUCUUGCCGCGGGGAUUGGUGUGGCUGGUGCUCCUCCAACGCCUCCAAUGGAUCCUGCGGCAUACCCACCGGUGGCAUUGGUGGACUAUGCACAGCUGAUUCCCCAGCCGAAUGUCCUCUUGACACCCGUUUCCCCGAAACCUUUUUCUCAAGUUCAUGCCUCAGCCUAUGAGGCCUUUCUGAGCCGACGCCUCGACAAAACACCAUCAGUCCGUGCUGCCUGGGUCACUGUCGUGGGACGCAUCCUCUUGACUUCGGCAGGGGGGUCCGGUUUGAGUGAAAGCGAAGAACAGGGGCUCGUCCGAAGUCUUGCCUUGAUGCUCCGUGAUGCGGAUGAGAAGGUUCGCGUCGCUGCAGUGGAUACAGUGGGUCAGUUCGGCUUGAACCACAUUGUCCACAAGCUGGGUGUGGAUGGCGGCUGCUCGUCGCCGGAUUCAGUAUUUGCCAUUCUCGCCGAGCGAGUGAAGGAUCGCAAGCCCCCGGUUCGCGAACACGCUAUGAAGAUCCUGGCUCGAAUGUGGGCGGUGGCCGCUGGAGAUAUCGAGCAAAAUACCGAACCCGUGGUGUCGCUUCUGAAAGACGCUCCGUCUAAAAUCUUCGAUGCCUUCUAUACCAACGACCAAGAGAUUCACGUUUUGAUUGACCGCGUAUUGUUUGAAACCCUCCUCCCGCUCAACUAUCCUCCAAUCAAGUCGAAACUAUCGCGAGGAGGCUCGAAUCAGUCACAGAAGCAAAAAGAUAGUCAGCCUUCGGAAGCCGACCAGGAGACAGAUAUCGACAAGAUCCGCGUGCGUCGGGUACUCACUCUGCUCAGGGGAUUGGACGAAAAAGCUCGACGAGUCUUUUUCGUCAUGCUCGCCCGCCAAUUAUCUAUGAGGAUGGCUGUUACCAUGUACUUGGAGGCCUGUGAGAGCUACAAUGGUGGUGUAAUUGACAAAGGCGAGCAACAGGCCAAGGCACAACUGUCGAAGAUUGUUGACUCGCUGUCCAAGACUUUCCCGGAUGCUUCCCGCGCCUCAGCCGAUCUAUGGAAGUUCGCCAAAGUACAUGAUCGACGCAGCUAUCAACUGGUCCGGUUUGCUAUGGCUGCUGUCAGUGAUUAUCGCACUGUGAUCAAGGCCAUCAAGGAACUUCAGCGGCGCGUACAAAGUGCAAACAACUCGCCCUUGCUAGAGACACUGACCCCUCUUCUGUACCGCUGCGGAUCCCUCAUCUUUAACCGGAGUCAUAUUCCAGCUAUCAUGAGCCUCUCCCGAACAGACGAGAACGGGCUCGCGAAUGCAGCCCAGGAAAUGCUCAAGCAGAUCUCAUCCCAAAACCCCGAAGUCCUGGAGGCACAAGUCCAAGAGAUGUGCAAGGAUCUCGAAGCGCAAGCUCCCAAGGCUUCAUCGGCUGGCGACGCUGGCACGGAAGAGAUCCUGAAGGCUUGUGCUGGGUUUGCCAAAAAGCUGCCAGCAAAGCUUCCGAAGGAACGCAAGUUUUUCCAAGCUCUCACCAACUAUGCCCUCUACAGCUCCUCGCCACAUGCGGCCAAGCAUGCUGUCUCCAUCCUCAUGGCCACUGCCGAUCGAAAAGAGAUGUAUGCUAAGGAUCUGGUGCAAAAGUGUGUCAAGAAGUGGACAUACGGAUCCGAUCGGUUCCUUACUCGUCUAGCUGCCUUGUCGCAGCUAAGUCUCCUCGCGCCAAGGGAGGCUGACGAAGAAAGCGACACAAUUAUUUCAAUCGCUAUCAAUCAGAUUCUUCUGGUCAACCGCGCUUCUCAGACAGAUGCCGGUUAUAGCUGGUCUGACUCGGUGGAUGAUGAGACUCACGCUAAGGAAUGGGCGCUCAAGAUCAUAGUCAACCGGCUUCGUGCCACGGACGGCGCGGAUGACGAAGCAGACUUCCGCGCUCAUGCAGAGCCCGUCUACCGCACAUUAAAUAAACUAGUCACCGGCGAAGGCGAGCUGUCCAAGAAGAAGGAUACGCCAGCUGGCCAGAAGUCGCGGCUACGCCUCCUUGCUGGCAAGUCCCUGGUCAAACUGUGCGCGUCUAGCAGCCUCUGCGACCAGCUUUUGACCCCAGCGGAUUUCAACUCAAUCGCACUGAUGGCGCAAGACCCGCUGCUAUUAGUUCGAGGUGGGUUCAUCAACCACCUGAAGAAGAAACUCGUGCAAAAAUCGCGGCUCGGUCACCGAUGGUACAUAAUACCUUGCCUGCUUGCCUUCGAGCCCAGUGUUAGCCUGAAGGAGAGCACACUCACCUGGCUACGGUCUCGCGCAGCAUUUUUCUCUCAACAAGCCCAAGCAAGUGGGAAGCGGACUGACCAAACGAUAGUCAUGGAAUUGCUUUUCUCGCGACUGCUGUCUCUGCUUGCGUAUCACCCUGAUUACCCGCCCGAGGACUUGGAUGAGUCGACCAAGCUCGGUGACCUGAGCGAUUUCUCGCGAUACAUCCUCUUCUAUCUCUCCGCAGUAGCUAACGAACAAAAUCUGUCACUGAUCUUCCAUGUCGCCCAGCGCGUCAAACAAUUCCGUGACGGUAUCACCAAAUCUGACGAAAUCUCCACUCGUCUCCACACACUGUCCGAUCUCGCCCAGGCCACCAUCCGUCGUUUUGCCGACAUCUAUUCUCAGCAACACAAGUUCGGCGGGGGUUCUGGCGGGACUAACAUCCUGCAAACGUACCCAGGGAAGAUGGGCGUGCCCAGCUCCCUGUUUGCUUCUAUGAGCGGCCACCGUGAGGCGCAAGAUGUCGCCGACAAGAACUUCCUCCCCGACGAGAUGGACGACCUACUGGAUCGCGUUGUGCGUACUGCUAUGAAGCCCAAGAACAGCUCCUCUCAUGGCGGGCAUGGUGGUCCGGUGAAAAAACGUAAACCCGAGUCUUUGGAUGCCAAUGGCAACGCAUCCGCGACCAAGAAGAUCCGCAGAGACAAGGGCAAGGCUGUUCGUCCACCACGCAAAUCUUUGUCAGUCGGUGCGUCGGCCAAGGCCCCCAGACGCAAGCGCAAGAACGAGGACGAGUGGUCCUCUGAUGGCGGCGCAGCGGAACAACCUUCAUCUGCCCGCCGGCGCAGCAGCAGAGGCGUCAGCAAGAAGGAUGUCAGCUAUGCAGACCACGACAGCGACGAGGAUGAUCAGGAGAUGGAAGAGUGGGACCAGGCCCCCCCAGCGAAUGGCCAUGACGAUGCUGCGGAAGAGGACAGCGACGAUGAAGAAAUGCAGGAUGAUGAGGGUGAUGAGAAAGCCGGCGAGGCCGACGAGCCCCAAGAAAAUGACGAGAACGAUGAGCCCGAAGCCGCCAGCGAGAAGGAGGCCACACCUCCUGCUCCCCCCUCGAAGCGAGGUGUCCGAACCAGCGAGACCAAAGCCAGCCGUGCUAAAAAGCCGACGACCACGACUUUGCCGACGCGUCGCUCGUCGCGGCGAGGAUAA